CUACUGUUACGCCUGAUUUGGCUGUUGGCGUCGAUUUUAGAGACACGCACCAUGUAAAUUCUGUUUUCUUAUCUCCACAAUAUGUCACCUACUCCCAUCGUGGAAACUCUGACCUCUCCAAAUACUCCCUAUCCCGCCUCCAGCCAAUCCAGAAGGGCGGAGUCACCUACAAAAACCAACCAUGGCACAAGGAGUGUUUUCUCUGCGUCAAGUGUGGCCUCCAAUUGUCCGGACAGAAGUUUACCUCCAAGGACGACCAACCCUACUGCGCCGACUGCUACGCCGAUCAGUUCGCCAAGCGAUGUGCCAAAUGCGCCAAGCCGAUAAGCGGUAAGCUGGUCACCAAAUCACUUUUCAUCCUGUACCCACUGCCAAACACGCCUCCCACACAUAUCACCUUCGCGUUGUCUAAAACUUUUGUAUGGAUAUAG